UGCGCUACGUUGUCACCACCGUCCCCGGAAAUGCAAUACGUGGAUCCGCCCGCACAACAGAUGAUGAACGUAAUGAGUGGUUACGGGUGUGGAUAUGGGCGAAGUGACGCGCUGUCACCAGCAUCAGAUUUAUCGUCCUGUAGCAGUGCUUCGUCGGGUACUUGGUGUGGUAGCACAUGGCGAGAGUUCCCACCCUACCCGCAAUACCCGGCGUAUUGGCCACCGAGUACUAAUACAGAAGAUGCCCGAGAGCUUCAACGUCGAUGUGCGAAAUGUCGUUGCCCCAACUGCCUGACUGAGGCAGCAGGUUUUGGACCUAAUUACGGCAAAGACGGCGCGAAACGAGAACACGUUUGCCACGUUCCCGGCUGUGGGAAGGUUUAUGGAAAAACGUCUCACCUUAAAGCUCACCUCCGCUGGCAUACUGGUGAACGUCCGUUUGUAUGCAAUUGGCUUUUCUGCGGUAAACGUUUUACUCGCUCCGAUGAAUUGCAACGACACUUACGCACCCACACUGGUGAAAAGCGAUUUGCUUGUCAACUAUGUACAAAGCGGUUCAUGCGUUCCGAUCAUCUUGCGAAACAUGUAAAAACUCAUGCAAAUGUAUCAAGAAAAUCUAAAAAAACGAAAGAAGAAGAAAAAGUUGAAACCCCAAAACCAAGUGAAGAUAAAAGUGAGCCGCCACAGAUGGCAAAUCAAAUAGCCUUGGCGCCUGCACCUCCCGUGUCAGUCGGAAGUUCAAACUAUGGGACAGUGCCAGUUACGAAUGCGGCACCGAAACAAAUGCUAAACUACGCCACAGUGGCCCCUCAUGUGAUGCACAGCGCUCCAACCAGUUACAACAGCAGUGCUGUAUUUGGAAGUGGUAGUGUCAUGUACGGAAGUGGUUGGUGUCAGGAUGUACGUCAGGAAGCUCUCUAUGCUCGACCGCAAGCGAGAGACCCACGGUUUUACCAACAAUAUCCAACACCACUCGCGGCAUAUCAGUGCGCGUCGAAGGAUAACUAUGCAGUUUUUCAAGGACAUUAUAAUUUACAACCACCAGUUGCUAUCGGACAGUAAAAUUUUUAAAUAGUUUGUGCACGUGC